GUGCGACAGUAGUGUUCCCGUCUCUUUCCGCUACGGCGGGUAGUCGUCCUUACGUGCGUUACCGCCGCUGUCACGAGGGGCAUUCCAGCGAUUGCUUUGUACGUGUGAAGAACCAACCUAAACCAAACUAGGCGUGCCGUCGGGGGAGCUUUCGAUUUUCGUCUGCUGCGACCGCGUCGUGAUCAUCAUCACCACCGCUUCCUUCCUCGGCUCGGAAUCCUCCGUGGGAAGUGUGUCUGUGUGUGUGUGCCGUUCCCUCGCUCCCGCGGUUCAGCCCCCGGUGCCGCGGGCGGGCGCAAACCGAAGUGCGGGCUCUCGAGCGUGUGCGUGUCCGUGAGUGUGUGCGUGUUGUGCGCGAGCAGCAGCGCUGCCGCCUUGUGCUCCCCCGGUCAGAGUCUGAUAAACAACGGUCGGUGCCAGCGCCGGCUUCCAAGAGCGGGCCCCGAGAUGAUAGCCAUGGAAGCGCCGCUAAAGGGCGAGGAGAAAGGGCAGCUGGUGGUUCCUCGCAUCGUGACCACGGCCGACUGGGGCCCCAUGGACGAGUCCGUGGACGCGGCGGGGGACCUUCGCUACCCGUCGGGCCCGCCGCUGGGCGUCUCGGCCACGCUGCCCUCUGAGCGACGCCGCUCGCUGUCCGGCGGGGCCCACCGCCUGCCCGCCCUGCAGCUCUCGUCCGAGGGCGAGAAGGCAGUCCGGCGACGACGUGCUCGGCGGCGUGUCGCCUUCCCGCAAGGCGGUGCUGUUCGAUGCCUUCCGGCCUCGCUCCAAGUCCGACUCCAAAGGCUCCUCCUCCUCAGGCAGCCGCAAGCCCAACAACCUCAUGUCGGCGCUGCGGGGCCACAGCUGGUUCCCGGGCUCUCGCAGCGCGCUCACGCCGCCCAACGGCGCGGCCGGCGGCGGCGUUUCGGCGCCCAUGUCUCCGCUGUCGCCUCUGAGCCCCGUGGACCCGGAGGCUCCGUUCCGGCGCCCUCGGUCGGGCUCCGAGAGCCGCACGGGCGCCGUCUCCAAGGUCAUGGACCUCUUCCGGAGCCGCUCGCAGUCGGUCAGCGUCGAGGGAAAGUCCAAGAAAUACCCGGGCAGCAGCAGUGGCAUCCAAUACGAUGACGUGCUGAUGGUGUUGCCCGGCGUACACGUUCUGGGGCGGCGGCGCGAGUCGCUUGGUGCCCCGCCGCGGAUUCCAGGAUCGGAGUCCGAACAAAGUUCCCUUCUGCGACGCCAUUCUGUUGAGCCCGAGCGUCGCCGUGGUUCGGUGCAGCAACAGCGGUCUCUAGACUCGCUCGACCAUCACACCGCCCUUAUACACAGGCACCACCAUGCCGCCACGCUUCCUCAUGCGGACUCUCUCUGUGAUAAGAUAGACAUCGAGGAUUUGGGUGAAGAUGAAAACAUGCUGUUUGUAAAGUUUUUCAAGUAUUAUCGCUGCUACGAUCUCAUUCCUGUCAGUGCCAAACUUGUUGUUUUCGACACAGAACUGCUGGUAAAGAAAGCCUUUUUUGCCCUUGUGAGCAAUGGUGUGAGAGCAGCUCCACUCUGGGACAGCGCCAAGCAGGAGUUCAUCGGGAUGCUCACCAUCACAGACUUUAUUUACAUUCUGAGGAACUACUACAAGUCUCCCUUGGUGCGAAUGGACGAACUGGAGGAACAAAAGAUCAAAGCAUGGAGAAAAGUCCUCAAUGACACCUCAAGGCCAUUGGUGCACAUUGGACCUGAUGCAAGCCUGUGUGAUGCGAUCACAACGCUCAUUCACAACAAGGUGCACCGACUGCCAGUCAUUGACCCACAAACGGGGAACGUACUCUACGUUCUGACACACAAGCGGAUUCUUCGCUUCCUUUUCCUUUAUUACUACGAGUUGCCCCAUCCCAGCUAUUUGGAUCAGACACUUCGGGAGCUGAAGAUUGGGACAUAUGAAAAUAUUGCCACGACAAAGCCUAGCACGCCAUUGAUUGUGGCACUAAAUCAAUUCAUCAAAAGAAGAGUGUCUGCAUUGCCAGUGGUGGAUGAUCGAGGAAAAGUCGUCGACAUCUAUGCCAAGUUUGAUGUUAUUAACCUGGCAGCUGAAAAGACAUACAACAAUCUUGACAUUACAAUCAAGAAAGCUCUGGAGCAUCGUGAUCAGUAUUUUGAAGGGGUGCUCAAGUGCACGUUGGACGACACACUAAUGGCUGUCAUGGAGAGAAUUGUCAAGGCUGAGGUGCAUCGAUUGGUGGUUGUGGAUGAAGAGGACCAUGUUGUUGGCAUCAUCUCACUCUCGGACAUUCUCUCGUUCUUGGUCCUCAAGCCACUUGGCAUGGAGCGGCCGGACAGAAACCGGGCCUCUGAGGCUACUUCACUUCCCGUGCACGAAGAAAACGAGUCCGAGGAGUCUCACGACGAUGAUGGGGGUGGGGCAGCUGACAAGAGCCAGGCUUCAGAAAACCAGAGCACCUCCGAAGACCAGCCACAGCCUGAGGAACCUUGAGAGCCAAACCGAGUGCUUGACAAGGAUAUGCAUCGCCUCGUCUUUCCAAGGCAACAACUGCAGCAGUGUUCAGUUUCUGCUGUCUUCCAUACUAAGGGGCUUGCCUGGAAGUAGCUUUCUCUCCGAAAAGCAAGAGCCCUUGGCGUAGCUUGCAACAGCCAAGCGACAUAAAAAAAAAAAAAAGAAAGAGCCUUGUGGAAGACUUUUUUCCAGGCAUCGUCGUCCAGUGACAGCUCGCCGCAAAGGGGUGCUCUACAUGGUGUUGUCUUUUUUUCCCCCAUCACCUUGUCGUGACUGUCGUGCAAAUGUGUGGCAGCUGCAACACAAGCAGCACGCAAAUUAAUCCUUCUCGAAGAUGAUCAGUGCGCAGAGAAGAAUGCUUUUCUUUUCCACCUGACUGACUCAGACGUUUGUUCACCUAAUGGCAGAAAUGCCUGGUAAUGUUUGGAAGGCAAGAAUUUUUCAGCAGUGAACUUGCAUGUAAACGCAAACAGACCGAGAAAUAAUUUGAUGGAAGCCGCGAAAGGCAGAAACUGUCAGACAGAAUGAUUCUUCAGGCCUGAGUACGGUGUGGAGGCUUUCUAGAUUAUUAGGCAGUGAGCACUAAUUGCCUCUAUGUAACUGGAACGCAGCCUUUAUGCUGUGGAAUUGAUCAUGUUUGUCCCCCGAAUUGCGCAAGUGUGUAGCAGACAUUUGCAUCUGCGGCACCUUUGCUUUCUGUUCGUGGGGCUGUGUACAUAGCAUGCACAAGAAUGUAUGCAUGGCCGGAGCCAUGCCCAUCGUGUUCUGCUGUUACCUUGUUGAUUUAAAUUUUUUUUUAAAGACUCCCAGCUCUUUUGCUUGGAGCAACUGUGCUGUUUGAAAUAAAAAAAAGUUGUUUGGUGUUAGGUUUGUCAAUGCCAUAUUGCUGUAAGAAUUCACAGGAUGGAUUGGUACCUGCAAACAUACUUUAUUUAGAGAUGCCUGCCGUGAAGCUGGUUUGGAAACCAAGAAGCCAAAACUGAAAGGAGAGUUACUGUAUGAAUCUCUCCUCGAAUUGUACAUAGUUGAAGACCAUACAUGUCAAGAGCUCUUUUUCUGAUCCAUAAAGAGGCUUGUCUUUCAUAAA